AACCUCUCUCUCUUUCUCUCUCUCUCUCUUCAUGUGCAUUGGGAUCCCUAGCAUUGUAUUAGUGUAGCACUGAAAUCCUCAAUGCUUGAAAACUCCACUCCAUUAAUUCAGCCCAGAAGCUUGGUAUAACUUCAAAGCCUCUCUCACUUCUCUCUCUUUCAAUCACGUGCGUUGGGUUUCUUCCUUUGUUAAUCAAACUGAGAAAUCUUGGGUUCUAGAGAGAGAAUGGAGGAGGAAGAAGGGGAAGAGUAUCUCUUCAAGGUGGUAAUUAUUGGGGAUUCAGCUGUUGGUAAGUCGAAUUUGCUAUCGCGGUAUGCGAGGAACGAGUUUAACCCUAAUUCGAAGGCAACAAUCGGUGUGGAGUUUCAGACUCAGAGCAUGGAGAUCAAUGGAAAAGAAGUGAAAGCUCAGAUUUGGGACACAGCUGGUCAAGAGAGGUUCAGAGCUGUUACCUCUGCUUAUUACAGAGGAGCAGUUGGUGCUCUUAUUGUCUAUGAUAUAAGCAGGAGAACUACCUUUGACAAUGUUACUAGAUGGCUUGAAGAGCUCAAGACUCAUUCUGAUACAACUGUUUCAAGAAUAUUGGUUGGGAAUAAAUGUGAUUUAGUGGACAUUCGAGAUGUGAGUGUAGAGGAAGGGAAGGCUCUUGCUGAAGCUGAGGGUCUAUUUUUCAUGGAAACAUCUGCACUCGAUUCCACUAAUGUGAAGGCCGCCUUUGAGAUAGUGAUAAGAGAGAUAUACAAUAAUGUGAGUAGGAAGGUUCUCAAUUCAGAUUCUUAUAAGGCGGAGUUAUCUCUUAACAGGGUGAGCCUUGUCGAUGAUGCCAAUGAACAUUCAGAUCAAACCAAGAAGUAUUCAUGCUGUUCUUAAUUGGUUCAUUUCAUUGGUUAAUUUGGUUAUUUAAUGAGUAGAAUUGGGCUUCUUUUGAGUUGGUGUUCAAGUAUGCUACUAUAAAAGUUAAGGUUCACUGAGUUAAAACAAGAACAAAUUGUCUUUUCUGUGGCCUUGAUUUUCUCUUUCUUCUGUAUUGAUUUUAUGCAUUGCCAUUGCAUGGGAGAGCUUUUCGCAGCCAUGAUUCUUUUUCUUUUGAACAUAUCAAGUAUGUUAUCAAUUUGGACAGCUUGAGUGCCUUUGAUUUUGGGAAGAAAUUUGUAAUGUUGAUCAUUGUGAAACAAUGAUGAGAACUAAUAAGAUAUAUAUCCUGUUAUUGUUGUCCUUA